AUGAUCAGUCAAACUGAGACGUCCCCGCGCCGGUGCAAGCGUCUGAGUGAGAGUUACGAUGAGAAGUGCGAGCGCUGGCAACGGACCCGUGAGAGCUUGUGGAGGAGAAACAAUGUCACCACAUGUCGCCAUGUGAGGCAAUGUCGGAAAAAGGAGGCAGAGGAGCAGUCCCAGAGCCCACGCCAGAAAGAGUUCCUGAAGAGAAGGAACUUAGCCACCGAAGAAGAAAAGAAACAAGUGAGGUUUCUUACUGGGACACCGGUAUCUCCGAGACUAGAGUGUGCAACAGGCAUCCCCAAGGAAGCAUCCUGCUGGAUGGAUUUGAGGUCACCCACAUCCCUCCAGAACUACAGAACCUCCAUGGUCCUUCACAAACAUCCCCAGCACAGCCUCAAUGAUCCUCGCAUGCAGAACUGGCACUCCUGUGGCAUUUCAUCACAAAACAUCCUCCCCAAAGACAUCUCCAAGCUUAGCCGAGGCACUCAAACAUUAACAGAUUCUAGUGCAAUAAAGAAAAAUUCAAGCCAACAAACAGACUGUGGCAUAGCAGUGCUAGAUAAGGAAAUCAUUCAACUUUCCAACUACCUCAAGGAGGCGUUACAUCGAGAGCUGCUGCUGAAGCAGAAGAUGGUGAUUUUACAGGAGCUUUUAUCGACAUUGCUGCAAGCAUCAGAAAAAUCUUGGAAGGGUCAGCUGAAUGAACACAAACUAAAGGGUAAACUGAGGGCCCUUGAAAAUCAGCUUCACACCUGUGCCCAGAAUUACUCAAAGGACAGUGUGAAGAGGAUUCUGAUGGAGAUGGAGGACCAAAAGCAGACCUACGAGCAGAAAGCAAGAGAAGCUCUGCAGAAGCUGCUGGAGGAGAAACUCCAAGCACAACAGCAGCUACAGAAUACUCAGAGGACCCUGGCAGUCACAGAAGAUGACUGUGCUCUCUGGAAAGAACACUAUGACACAUUAAAAACAGAGUGGAGUGAGACAGUCACUAAGCACACUGAACUGGAGAACAAACUCCAUGUUUUGCAGAACCAACUGCAAUGGGCAGACACCCAGAAUGAUCAGCUCUACCAGACCCUGCGUAACUUGGAGAGUGAGCGUGAAGAUCUCUAUUCGAGAAUCGAGGCUCUACAAGCAGACAACCAGCUCAGAAUGGAGCACGUCAGUGCAAUGGAAGGUAAAUUGCAAAAUGAACAAAAGCAAAAGCUGGCGCUGGAAGUGACAAUCACUUGUUUGCACAACCAGUUACAGAACCAGUCCAAGGAGAAGGCGGCUCAGGAAGAGGUGGUAGUCAGAAAAGAUCAGGUUUUAACUAUGCAGAUCCAACCCCCCAGUCCAGUCAGAGAAAAACAAGAUGCUUUGUUAAAGCAUCCUGAUGAUGAGGGAGAGGAAAAUCUGAAGGACCAGGUGCAGAAGAGGACAGCCCAACUCAUUGCAAAGGAAAAGGAGUGCGCAGAUCUCCGCUUUGAGCUGGAGGCCCUGAGCGACGAGUACCGCUCCUGCAUGACCAAGUUACGUCAGUGUCGAGACGAGCUCAAUCAGUUCCAGAGCAAGCAGUCCAAAAGACAAUGUGGCCACUGGAUCCCUCUCCUAAUGGUGGUGAUAGCAGCAGCCAUGGCGGCUUUCUUAGCCAAUUUUGUACCAUGAGAAUCCAUCAGUUUCAAUUACCUCAGCAUAGCAACUGACUCAACUUUUUUCACUGUAAUGUAUAAAAAUUUUGUAGGGUUUUUGGGGGGAUAUUUUUGAGCUGGUCUCACUCCUCAACAAAUUCACACUGGUCCAAUAAAUGCGGUGAGAUCA